UUAUGUCCUCGGGAAGAUAUCCGUUUAAUGAAACUGGACUGUUGAUCAGUAAUUCUGCAAAGGCGCUGAGGGGACAAUAUCAUUCUACAAAGGAUGCUCAAGUGGAGACAAGAUACCCCUUUACCUCAAUGAGCUGGACUCGUGUUACGUUUCGGCUUACGAAAAACUACAAUACUUUCAUAUAUUUAAACAAUAAGAAGGGUGAUCAAGAUAAAUAUCACACCACUGCUCCUUAUGAGUCGAAUUUGGCCAGAGUUCUAAAUUUAGCCAGUAUGUCUUCUUGGGGAAACGUGUCUUCCACUCAGAUGUGGGCUGUCGAGAAUAUUCAACUGUCUGAUGUUAGUUUGUGGAUCAAAUCUAAUGGUGACGACUUUCCUGAAAACACCCUGCCUGUGUUGUUAGAUAAGUGCAACUUCGAUAAUUCACCGUGUUCUUGGAAAAUAGGAAACUGGACGAAAAGGCGUGGCCGUGUUCCUAGUGAGGGGACUGGACCUUGUCAUUUGGCAGACUGCGCUGAUAAUGACUUUUACAUACACCUGGAGUCGUCUUAUCCUCGCUCUAAAGGCGACAGUAUCCGCUUUGAGAGUCCAUUUGUAGUGCCUGCCUACAAAUGUUUGUCUUUUAAAUAUCACAUGUGGGGAAAGGACGUCGGCCGUUUGACAGUUUACACCCAGAGUGGUAAAAACUCCAACCUAGUCUCUAAAUGGAGACUUAGUGGCGAUCAAGGAAACUCCUGGAACACAGGGAGUGUCAAAUUACAGCGGUAUCGUCCUUUUAAGUUGAUAUUUGAGGCAGUUGUAGGGGAUGGUUUCCUUGGAGAUAUCGCCCUUGAUGACGUAAAUCUGUCAACGAUUGCUUGUGAUCACUCCCCAGACUACGCAAAAAGUUACUCUCAAGCUUCAACUUUGGAAAAGUCGGCGAUCAUUGGUCACCUUUCCAGCUUCAAGUCUUCACUGUUGGGAAAACUUCGCACAGCUCAUGGCAAGAAUAACUCCUGGGUGCCUUGCUACCGCGCACUUCUCGAUGGCAGAGACAUCGAAAGUUUUUACUCCAAUUGCGGCGAAGAAAAAGAAACGGUUACAAUAGUGCGUGUAAACAACUACAUCUUUGGUGGAUACACUGAUGUUGGCUGGAGCGAGGUUCGAGGUUAG